UCGCAUAUAUAGUGCAGCACCCACAGCAGCCGGCAACACAAACCGUUAGCACUCGUCCAGCACUCAACAUGCAGAGGCAAUCCGUCAUGAUCCUGGCCCUAGGCCUUUUGGCCAUCUUUGCCACCGUUUCGGCCAUGCCGCAGCGACGUGCAAAAAGCCAACGCCAAGUGGAGUACUCCUCGACCCCCUAUCCAGCUGCCGGUUUCCGGCCAAGAAUUCCAUUUAAUCUGCCCGGCGAAGUUCAACCCAAAUUGGAGACAGAACCACUGAGCACCACCACCACCACCUCAACCACUCCCAGUGCCGUAGAGGCCAUCGAGAACACGGAACCCUUGAGCACCACCGAGCAGCAGGAAGCGGAAACGGAAGCGGAAACAGAGACCGAGACCGAGACGGAUUUGGAGGUUGCCCUUCGCACGCCCGCCAACACCUAUGGAGCCCCCGAGCAAGAGCCCCUGGAGCCGGAUACCGUGGAGGUUGUAGCCCAGGCCCCCGCCCGUGACUUUCAGCCACCCACCCUCGAGGCCGUCGAGGACUUCGCCGCCGAUGGUGCUGUUGCUGCUGCCGGUGAGCAGCCUGUUGCUGAUGUCCCUGCCCUGGGCCAGGCGGAAACAGAGUUUGAGUCUGAGCCAGAACCGGAGCUAGUCCCCCAACCCGAGGCGGAGGUUAAGGCUGUGACCCCAGCGGGAACCUAUGGACCACCAGCUGCCACUUACGGCGUGCCCGAACUCAGUGAGCCGGAGAACGAGUUGGAUCUGGAGGAGUCGCAGGUAGAACUGGUAGAAGAGUCCCUGACGAACGAGCUGGCCAGUGGACGCCUCAUCCUGCUGCCUUUGGGCGCCAGGGGAGCACAGUUCGGUCGCCUUAUUCUGGCCGUGGAGCAGCCACGUCGGCCCAUGAGGAGCGAGCGCCUCAGAAGGAUCUAAGGAUUCUUGGGAUUUGUGCAACGAAUUUAAAAGACAAAUAUACGUAACUUUUAAACUGA